GGCUCUAUAUAAACGCAACAAUUUUAAAGCGUCUGCUACAUACAGCCAAAUAGAGGUGCCAGUUAAACAUAAACGACCCAACAGCCCUAUAUCAGUUGCCUGCCGCCUGCGCCCGCAGCAGGAUUGUGUUACACGGCAGGAUUUUUAAUGAAAACGAACGCCGCCGCCCGACGCAUUCCUGCAGACAUGUAGUUUAUCGGAAAUGACACCACGUGGCUGGAUUGCAACAAUCGCAUAGUACAAAACACGAAAGUUCCGAACAAUGUGAUAUUUCUACGUAGUUUUACUCUGAAUUAUUUAUUGGCAACCCCUAAUUUUCAACAAUGGUGGACCAAGACAGUUCUCCGGACCUUUCUCUCAAGCUCAGGCGGGGAUCUAGCGAUUCUAGAGAAUCGUUUUAUAUGGAUUUCGAUAGGGGUAUCGACUCCGAUAUUGAGGAAAUGGCUACUACGUCUGGAGCCGAUGUUGGAGGCGAUACCACGGGAGAGAUCACCAUUACCCCCACCACCAUAGGUACAAAAAUCGAAGGAUCGAGUUGGCCAACGAUCCCACCGCAAAAUGUGAGCGGAGGCAGUCGAAGCAGCGCUGCCAUGUUAGGGUACGCCGAUCCGCUUUUACCUUCUCCAGCCUCCCCCAGUGCGGUUAUAGUCUCUCCGGAAACGCUAAGCCGGUCAUCCCCUACAAAAUCCACUGCCAAGCAUCUUACGGGACACGCGGUGCAUAUUCAGAGCCAUAAGACAAUUUCGACGGCCCCGUUAACGAUAUCAGGAUAUUACUACCAUCAGCAGCAGUUUCCCGUAAUUCGCCGCCUGUCCAGAGCGGAAAAACAAGUCGAAUGGAGACAACUAGGAGCAGACGCGCUCGCGACCACACUGUCGGCCCUCUACGGGAAGCUGCUGGUUGUCAUGGGUACGGCGUUUCCAAUGGCCGAAGUCAUCUCCACGUAUAUUCCACCGUCAUUUUACGAAGCUUACUACCUCUACCUUUACAUAGGAAGCAUGUUUUUCCUGUUGUAUAUGUACACAGUUCUACUCAGGGACAAACGAAAGUUGAAAAAGAAAAUUCGCGAAAAAGUCAACAAAUCAGUUGAAACCAAAGAAGAGUCGAUUUCAGACGAAGAAUCUGAUAACGAUACAACCAGCGCCAGUGUAAGCAGUAUCGAGGAUCAAAAGUAUCGUCCGCGGAAUUCAUCGAUAUCGACUUCCAGCGAGAAACACAAUCACUAUGGGAGCUUUUACCUUCGGAUGGGAGCGGUAGCAUUUGGGAUAGGCAGCAUGAUUUACUCGGGUCUAGAAUUUGGUCAAUAUUUUGAAUUAGAGAGGAACACGAAGUGCCACAAUGUACUUUUGGCGCUAACUCCUGCAACUCGCAUGGCCUUUAUUUUUAUACAAAUGUAUUUCAUCUUUUUAAAUAACGAACAAAUGCGGGUGUAUAAACAUAAAUUAGCUGCAAGAUUCGGCCUGAUGCACAUGAUCGGCACAAAUUUGUCAGUCUGGCUGAAUGUCUUAGUUCAAGAAACCAAACACGAAAUACUGACGUUUUACAAUCCCGAAAACAAUUCGCUAAGGAUAUCGCACCGGAUUCCUUACAAGGGCAAUGUGCUGGGUUUGCCCUUGGUAGGAACCGAACAUCCUCCGGAAGCUCACGGGCAUCACAUCGUGGCGAGAGGCCUCAAAGGCCCUCAUCAUCUGUACGAAUGUCGACGGACUAACAUAAUAGGCUCCCUUGUUCAAGACGCGUCACCCUUCCUUUUCCCCUGCACUAUUGAGUACAGCCUAAUAUGCGCGGCAAUCCUUUAUGUGAUGUGGAGAAGCAUAUCGAAGCUGCCAAUUACGACGUCUCAGAUGUUGAAAGCAAAGUGCGACGUUAACGCUUACAAAAAAAGCCCCCAUCACUAUUCGGUGGACUGUGCCAGGGCGCAUAAGGGCUUAUUCGUCGGCAUUCUGUUCCUGGUGUUGACAAUUAUAUCGUUGAUUUUGUUUUUCGUCUUAAUUUCGCGUUCCGAAUUCGUCGGCCUCGCUGUGAUCGAGGUGAACAUCUGCGAGCUCGUAUUGUACGGUAUGACGACGCUCGCAUCGAUGAUAGGCAUGUGGCAAGUGAGACAGCUCAAAUACGACGGAACAAAAAACCUUCAGCUGGAUAAUAUUCUCCUGGUCGGAGCUCAAACCGGAAUGUAUAUUUACAGUACGUUCACUAUAAUCGGCGGCCAGUUCACCAUACAAAAAAAUACGGUGUUGGUCCUGGUGACCGCCGUGGCUUCUCUCUUGCAGACCACGUGUCAAACGAUUUUCAUUCUCGACGCUUCUCGGAGAACUUGCGUGACGCCCGACCAAAUCCGAAAGAAGCCCGGGCGGGAAAUCGUGACGUUUUUGCUCGUUACCAAUUUGGCGAUGUGGGCGAUCAAUACGCUGGAAAAAUCGAGGGCCGAAUCGCAUCCGAUCCAAUUGCAUUUCUACGGGUUGUGGGCGUGGACUAUCAUUACGCACGUCUCCAUGCCUCUGGCCAUAUUUUACAGGUUCCAUUCUACAGUGUGCUUGUGCGAAAUUUGGAAGAGGGCCUAUAAGAUGAAGCCGACAUACAUGUAGCAAUUGGUCAAAGUUGAUUGGUUGGAAAGGUAUUGAUGGAUUGACACGGGUGUGCGCUUAUUUUUGACUUUGGAAUCGGUAAAAAAUCCAUCAAAAUGGAGAUAAUUUAUGAGUUAAAGAAUUAAAAAAAAAAUCGAAGAUAUUACCAGUUAUCUCAGAAAAAAACAAUGCAAUGCACUUGGAAACUGGAAAACAUUUUAUAAAAUGUAUACACCAAAAAAUUUAUGUUCGUAAACCAAAAGUAACGUGCAAAAUAAUUUUGAGAUAGAGAUUUCAACAAAAAGUACAACAAAAAUUAUUAAUAUUGAUCUUAUAUUUAAUUUGGUUUUGUGCUAAAACAUUUCUUUUCGAAAUUUCGAAAAAAUUUCACCGUUAGUCUAAACCUUUUCAGGUCGUGACAUUUUGACGGCUCGUUAAGGUUGACGUAUUGUUUAUAAUUUUGUAUUCAAUCGUGUUAAAGAGACAAAGAAUAGUUUGGGCUGUUAAGUUGGAUAGAACCCCUUUUACGUGCUCCACAUUGUAAAACCCAUUACGCCAAAAAAGUGGUGAUGCGAGUGGUUUCCAAUCCAUAACUUUCAUCUCGGCUACGACUUUUUAGAAAUUUAUCAAUUACUUGUUUGGGUAUGCUACACCAACUACUAAUUGCAAACAAAUAAAAAAAAAUCCGGCCACCUCUCCAAUACUCCUUCACAGAAAAAUAGGCAUUCAGACAAUCGAUCGCAAAUGUAAGUUGUGAAAGACACGGGCCUGUUACUUUGCAGGUCAUACAAAGGACUCUUUUCCACUUCAAUAUUUUUCUUCUACAAGUAUGGUAUUGAUUUUCCUCUUGGGAGAACAAUGUCACUUGUUAUUUUAAGUUUUUAUUAUCAAAAUGCAGGGUGAGUAGUACAUAUUCUCAUAGCAAAUACUAAAUACCUACUUUCCAUAGAUAGUAGAUAUAUCGUGUAUCGGGUACAAAUUUCGGGAUCAUAAUUUGUAGGAUUUACCAUUUUUAUACAUUUUUACCUACUGUAGCUAUUAAGGUCUUUGUACGUCAUUAGAAAGUGCAAAUGCAAAUCGUCAAUGUGGUAUUUAACUCGAUGUAAACUAUAUUCGACGCGUAUGUAUUUUUACGUUUUCAAUAAAAUCAAAAUUUCAAAUUAUUUGCUAUGGUGGCAUACCGUAGUAGUUCUGAGGGCUUCAUCUUAAUUGCAAGCAGGUGCUGACAAACAACUUAUAGUAUAUUUUUGAACAGUGUAUUUUGUUUAUCCAAUAUAUACAUAAUUGAUGCGAAAUCUUUUAUAGGAUAUUUUUUUCAGCUUAAAAAAGUCAAUUAUCUUUUUUUCGUUAUGAAAAAAUGAAAGCAAAGGAGUUCGACGUUUAAUAUGUAUUGGUGGUAAUCCGGGUGUUCAUCUGUUCGUUGUUUGACCCUGGAGUAGGAUCAUCCGCCUGACGUUUCGCCAAAAUAUCACUUGGCA